GCUGCGUGACGUCAACGCUGCAGGGUUUAACGCAGCGCCUCCGUGUCCUUCAUCAUCACCUCCAUCCUCAUCAUCCUCGGUCCGAUCGAUACUCGGCAGCAUCUUCAUCCUCUUCAUCCUCAGCGUCAUGUCGGGAUCAAAGGAGGAGCCCCGCCGCGUGUCCGGCGACUGGCGCGAGUUCUUCUGGAACGCGCGCACGCACGAGCUACUGGGACGCACGGCCACGAGCUGGGGUCUGGUCCUGCUCUUCUACCUGGUCUUCUACCUGUUCCUGGCCGGGAUGUUUGCCUUCACCAUGUACAUUAUGCUGCUCACACUGGACGACUACAAACCCACCUGGCAGGACCGCCUGCUCACCCCAGGGAUGAUGAUCCGCCCCAAAGGGGACCAGCUGGAGAUCAGGUACUCUGUAUCGGACACUGAGAGCUGGGAGGACUUUGUCCAGAAUCUCAACACCUUCCUGUCCUCCUACAACGACAGCCACCAGGUCCAGCUGAAUGCCGAUUGUCCCCCUGAUCAGUAUUUCAUCCAGGAGGACAGUGGAGAGGUGAGGAACAAUCCCAAGCGGUCCUGUCAGUUCAACCGGACCAUGCUGGGGGACUGCUCAGGGCUUGAGGACCGUUUCUAUGGUUACAGCAAAGCACAGCCCUGCAUCCUGAUCAAACUGAACCGGGUGAUCGGGAUGCUGCCUGGGAAGGACGGCCAGUCUCCUUAUGUCAGCUGUGGAGCCAAGAACGAGGACAGUGAGAAGAUUGGACCUCUGGCUUAUUUCCCUGAUAACGGAACCUUCAACCUAAUGUACUACCCGUACUACGGGAAGAAGGCCCAGGUGAACUACACUCAGCCUCUGGUGGCCGUGAAGUUCCUAAACGCCUCUCUGAACACUGACAUCAACGUGGAGUGUAAGGUGGUGUCCAACACCCUGCAGGCCGGCAGUGAAAGGGACAGGUUUGCAGGACGGGUUUCCUUCAAGCUGAGGAUCAACAACCAAUAAACUUAGAGAUGCACAAAGACAGAUCCUUCACUGCAAACUCUGAAAUGACUCUGACUGUUUACCUGCCAACUGGGUGAUGCAUUCACUGACCACAUCCAUGAUGCAUUCACUGACCACAUAAAUGAUGUAUUCACUGACUACAUCCACAAUGCAUUCACUGACCACAUAUAUGAUGCAUUAACUGAACACAUCCACAAUGCAUUCACUGACCACACAUAUGAUGCAUUAACUGACUACAUCCACAAUGCAUUCACUGACCACAUAAAUGAUGCAUUCACUGACCACAUCCACGAUGCAUUCACUGACCACACACAAUAUGCAUUCACUGACCAGAUCCACAAUGCAUUCACUGACCAGAUCCACGAUGCAUUCACUGACCACAUCCACGAUGCAUUCACUGACCACAUCCACAAUGCAUUCACUGACCACAUCCACGAUGCAUUCCUGACCACAUCCAUAAUGCAUUCACUGACCACACACAAGAUGCAUUCACUGACUACAUAAAUGAUGCAUUCACUGACUACAUCCACGAUUCAUUCACUGACCACAUAUAUGAUGCAUUCACUGACCACAUCCACAAUGCAUUCACUAAACCACACACAAGAUGCAUUCACUGACCACAUCCACGAUGCAUUCACUGACCACACACAAGAUGCAUUCACUGACCACAUCCACGAUGCAUUCACUGACCACACACAAGAUGCAUUCACUGACCACAUCCACAAUGCAUUCACUGACCGCAUCCACGAUGCAUUCACUGACCACACACAAGAUGCAUUCACUGACCACAUCCACAAUGCAUUCACUGACCGCAUCCACGAUGCAUUCACUGACCGCAUCCACGAUGCAUUCACUAAACCACACACAAGAUGCAUUCACUGACCACAUCCACGAUGCAUUCACUGACCACAUCCACGAUGCAUUCACUGACCACAUCCACGAUGCAUUCACUGACCACAUAAAUGAUGCAUUCACUGACCACAUCCACGAUUCAUUCACUGACCACAUCCACAAUGCAUUCACUAAACCACACACAAGAUGCAUUCACUGACCACAUCCACGAUGCAUUCACUGACCACACACAAGAUGCAUUCACUGACCACAUCCACAAUGCAUUCACUGACCGCAUCCACGAUGCAUUCACUGACCACAUCCACGAUGCAUUUACUGACCACAUCCACAAUGCAUUCACUGACUACAUCCACGAUGCAUUCACUAAACCACACACAAGAUGCAUUCACUGACCACAUCCACGAUGCAUUCACUGACCACAUCCACGAUGCAUUCACUGACCACAUCCACGAUGCAUUCACUGACCACAUAAAUGAUGCAUUCACUGACCACAUCCACGAUUCAUUCACUGACCACAUCCACAAUGCAUUCACUAAACCACACACAAGAUGCAUUCACUGACCACAUCCACGAUGCAUUCACUGACCACACACAAGAUGCAUUCACUGACCACAUCCACAAUGCAUUCACUGACCGCAUCCACGAUGCAUUCACUGACCA